UCAUAUAAUACUUGUUAAUAGUUUGGUUAUUAUUUCCAAAUGCUUAGUUCUUUUGUUGGGAAGGUACAAAAGAGUUUAUCGCUCUUUGUACCAAGAAAGCAUGCAUUGAGUUACUGGAAUGAAGAUCAUGCCACAAGAACAAGUGAGUUGGCUGAUGAUGUAAUGAAAGGCUACUUUGCUAUUCUUGCAAGGAAGGGUGAUGAAACAAGAAGGUUUAUUGUUCGGUUGGAUUACUUAACUGAUCCUGCUUUUGUGGGAUUGCUUGAUGAAGCUUGGGAGGAGUAUGGUUUCAGACAGAAGGGAACUCUCGUUGUUCCGUGCCGGCCGAUGGAGUUGCAGAACAUUCUAGAUGGUCGGAAAACAUAGAGAGGAUGUAACCACAGAUGGUCGGAAAAUUUAUUCAAACUCAUAUCUGCAUAUUGGUCAUCUUACUAAAGAUACUUAGUAUAUUUGUUUAACUAAGUACUAGAGUCUAGGAAUAACAAAGAUAUUUCUUGGCUAAUAGUAUGUGUUCAGAACCGUUGUACCAAUAAGAGGA